UUAUGUAAGUAACUGCACAGUUUCAACAGUGUCUCAUUUUCACACACUGGGUGAAGUCAUGUGUUAACAUGCUGUCAGCUCACUGUUUAAUUAAGAUUUAGGCUGAAAUGUCAAGUAGACAUAGGGCUACAUGUAUCUCACAACCGUGACAUAUGACAUGGUUUCAUGUCAACUGUAUAUUCAGCGUGUCGGAAUGAGGCAGUUAAUUUUUAGUUUCCAAGAAUCUUUACACCUUAUUUUGGCACCUCGUGCCUGUGAUUUCUUCCCCCACAACACAUUUACACUCAUCACUACCUCACUCCUCAUUCCCUCAUUCCCUCCUCUUGUCAUCUUUCUUUUUGCCCCCCGUCUAUAAUUGGAUUCUAUUUUCAGGCUGCUAUAAGUGUCUGUGUCUCCUGUGUUUGUGUCUCGCACCCCAUUUUCUGUCUCUCCUCCAUCGUCACUCUGUGUUCUUAUCAUUCCCAUCACUCUCUCCAUCGUUCUGUUGCUGCCACUCCUCACUGCUUUUCUUCUGUUUUGCCCACAAACGGUUUCAUUUCUGCUAAACCUUCCAUUACCCAUUCUAUCCUUGUGUUUGUGACAGUUAAAUGUGAUGGAUAGCACACUGAAAGCCUUAUUGCAAAAUUGUAUUAGGUGCAGUAAUGCAAAGCAGAGCAAACUGCACCUAAGUGAUGUGAAUAGCUCUCAUGACCUAAUUCUGGUAGUCUAGGUUACACAGCAUUAAGAGCGAGAGGAGAAUAUAUUUAGGGAGUAGAGAAUAUGUUUAAAAAAUAAUUAAGGAUUAAUGUAGAGACCACGUUUAUUAGAAAUAAUGUGAACUAUGUGUAUGUUGACAAGCUAAUGAGCCAAUUAAACAGCAUUUAUUAGGGGGUGGAGUGGAAAAUGACUGACAGAGGGAGGGAGUCAUACUGUCGGACUUGGUUGGCUGGUGGGAUGUCUCUAGAGGUGCAGUAUGUAUUUAAAAGACGAAAAAGACUUGGAGAGAAAGGAGGAGAGGCGAUCAGACAUGGGAAAAGUUAAUUGACGAGUGAAGAAAAUGGGGAUCUCUCAUCACACCAAGAGACCCUCAUCGGGAAGACUCGGAGGCUGCAGAACUUCAAUCCACAUGUUCAGACGCAGUCAGGUGACGCGUAACCGCUCCAGUCAGACGGCGCACAUCCGACCACUGGCCACGCGGAACACACCCCCACGCAGACCGCACACACAGACGCGCAAGGUGCACACACACAGGGCGAGCUCACAGUCUGCACGCUGCUGCCCGACGCAGCACCAUGAGCACUACACUGCCCACAGCAACCACUCAAGCUGCACCAUCUACUGCUAUUUCUGCUACUGCUGUUACUGCUGCUGCCUCAUGUUGCUCUCUUUCUCUCUCCUUCUCUUCCUCUCACCUACUCCCAAUGCUCCUCCCUCUGCUUCGUUCUCCUCUCUUUCCUCAAAUAUCCCCUCUCCACCUUUGUCCCCAUGUCUCUGGCGAUCAUCCACUUCCUGUUUGGAUGAACUUUCCUGUAUGUGUCCUGAUACCAACCUGACCUCCUCCUACUGUCCUGUGCCACCUUGUCUUAUCUCUGAUUCUUUCUCCCUCGUCUACUUUUCAUCUCCUGUUCUCACCACUUCUGACCAACUUACCUCCUCUUGCCGUGACCACUCUCCUGCAUCCUUCUCUUCUUCCCCUUCUGUGGCCUCUGACUCUUUCUUCUCUCGUCCUCUCCUCUGCCGGUCAUGGCCUACAUCACGCUCUCUUUCCUCCCUGCUCCUCUGCCCUCCCAGCUUUGGGGAUCAGGUCUUAUCCUAUGCAUCCACUCUGGAUCACAUCCCUUCUGGGCCGGACCGGCCUCGGACGCUCUUGCGCCAGCAGAGCCUUCAGCAGCCUCUCAUCCACUCAUCAGGCCCUGGUCUUAGCCACCCUCCCACCACUUCCCAGAGCUUGGGACAGUUACACACUGCACCCGGACAACCUGGGGGAGGAGGGGGUGCUGGGAGAGGAGAGGGAGGUGGUGAAGGUGGGGGUGCAAGUACACGAGGUGGUCCCCGGGGUGCACGGGGUAGCCCAGCAGGAGCAGGUGCCUCUCGCUAUAGGGGAGGCGGAGCAGCAGGACGCUCACGGGCCAAUCCUGGCAGCUGGGAUUACAUGAUGGACCAGAUGCGAAAUCGUGGCCUGGAUGUCAAGUCCUUCAUUGAAGGGAAGAUGGUGGUCCUGGCUUUGGCCAUAGGUGUGGCUGAGCAAGAUGACUUUGCCAAUAUCCCUGACCUGCAGGAAACAACGCAGGCAGCACCACCAGCCAGUCAGGAGCCCCCACCUGAGAAGAGGGGCAACAAACCAGCUAACAGCCCUAAAGGCCGACCCCCUGAUGCUGACGGUCACUCCUCCGUAACUGACCUUGCCAAUUCUCUCACUGGAGACAUGGUGAUGCUGUCUCCAGGCUCGGAGGAUGAUGACGGUGAAGGGCCUAUCAGUGAGAAGCUAGGACGGAUUCAGUUCAGCAUAGGUUACAGCUUCCAGAACACAACUCUCACCGUCAAAGUUCUCCGUGGUCAGGAGCUGCCAGCCAAAGACUUCUCUGGCACCUCUGACCCGUUUGUCAAGAUCUACCUGCUGCCUGACAAGAAGCACAAGCUGGAAACCAAGAUCAAGAGGAAAAACCUCAACCCCUACUGGAAUGAGACUUUCCUCUUUGAAGGCUUCCCUUACGAGAAGGUGAGAGAGCGCACCCUCUACCUUCAGGUGUUGGACUAUGACCGCUUCAGCAGGAAUGACCCCAUUGGAGAGGUUUCAAUCCCCCUUAAUAAGGUGGAACUGGGCCAGAUAAAGACCUUCUGGAAGGAGCUCAAGCCCUGCAGUGAUGGCAGUGGGAGACGAGGAGACCUACUAGUGUCUCUCUGCUAUAAUCCCACUGCCAACACCAUCACUGUGAACAUCAUCAAAGCACGUAAUCUCAAAGCCAUGGAUAUCGGUGGCACCUCAGAUCCAUAUGUGAAGGUGUGGCUGAUGCACAAGGACAAGCGUGUAGAGAAGAAGAAGACAGUGACGAUGAAGUGCUGCCUGAACCCCAUCUUCAACGAGUCCUUCCCCUUCGAUGUACCUGCCCAUGUGCUGAGGGAGACCACCAUCAUCAUCACUGUCAUGGACAAGGACAGGCUCAGCCGCAACGACGUUAUUGGCAAGAUCUACCUAUCAUGGAAGAGUGGACCCGCUGAGGUGAAGCACUGGAAAGACAUGCUCGCUCGGCCACGUACCAACGUUGCCCAGUGGCACGCUCUCAAGGCCUGAUCGCGCCGCCCAGCUUCCUCCAUGGCCACUUCCUGUCUCCUCCCCCUACUCAACAACCCCCCCCCCCCUUUACCCUCCCCUUCUCUCACUCCCGUCCUUAUGCACAAGACUGACUUGCUGCCAGGCUGCGAAACACGGGUACAAUUAGCCAUCUGCUCUCUUAAACCUUUAAACUCUUUUCAUUUACUACUCUAUGACAACUCUGUCCUCAUCUGUUCCCUCCUCUCAUACAGCCGUGUCUUAAUUUACGCUCACCUGUUUGCCAAUUGUUGCCCUUGUUUCUGUCUCUCUUCUUCUCUGUCUGUCCUAAUGCACUUUGCCUGUCGAAGUCUGAUGUUCAGUUGCUUUGUCUCAACCCCCUUGGUUCUAAACUGCACUGCAGCGCCUGACCCAAUUAAGGUGCCAGUCCCGUGGGAUCACAGAGAAAAAAAAAAGAAAUGAUCUAAUCUCACAUAAUCCUGUUGUAUGACUAUUCCAGGUACACGAUGCUACACAGUAUGUACUGUAUGUACAUAUUAAUAUGAAGGCGUAAACAUUGGUAGAACUCCUCCGUGCACAUGACGGUAUGUUAUCAUAGUCCGUCUGCUGUUUUCUGUCUCUCCUCUCUCUUAAUUUGCCACCUCGUCCUUGUCAUCAGUCUCCUGUUUAUGAUAUCCUGCCCCCCCCCCCCCAUUUCAGAACUCCCCCCCUUCACUCAAAAGCGGUUUAAUGUUCAGCUGAAGUUGUCAAAAGCAAUCAUUACUCAGUUUGUGAUGAAACCAGCUGAACUCGAGAUGAAGUUGUUGAUACUGCUGUCUCCCUUUCUCCUGCUCUCUCCCUCCCUGUUUCCUGUCUAUAUACUUCUAAUUCUCCACUUAUUGUUCCCUCUUUCUUCACCUCUGGCACAAUAUAAGUGAACCCCCCCGUUACCAUCCCCAAUCCACUUUUUGGAGACCCCUUUGUCUCAUCAGUGUGCUGUGGGUGCUCUGCCGUAGCUCCAACAAAAAUAGAGAGUAUAUAUAUAUAUAUAUAUAUAAAAAAACAAAACUUAAAGUGAACUUUCCCAAGUUUGGAAAGCGGGAACACAUUCAACUUUGAAAUGGACUGCUCCUGUUUUUUUCCAGACAAAAUGCCCUGACAUGGAGAGAGAAAAAAGAAGAUGAGAAAAAAAAAAAAAAAAUACCCAAGAUAUGAUGAUGUCAUUUUUCACAGCAUCACCACCAUAGGAAACCAAUUUAAAAUCUUCCAAUGUGAAUAUGAAAACAGAAGCAAAAAGUCAAGUUUGUGAUGUUGGUGCACACAUAUUUGGUUGUGUGCACACUUGUGUGUUUAUCGAUGCUAUGAAUUCCUUGUGCUGCCCUGUGCUGUUGAUUUGUACUGAAGGGGGAUGAUCUCCAGGGUUUUAUGAAUUGUAUGGCGUGUUCACGUGUGUGUGUGUGUGUGUGUGUGUGUGUGUGUGUGUGUGUUCACAGGAGCAACACAAUUAUGACUCGGCAGAAAUCUUCUUCUCUUUUCUCUUUCUUAUCUUGCUCUCUUCUUGCUCUUAUUACUGCCAUUGUUUCCCCAACCUCCUUUACUGCCCUGCCUUCUAAAUGAGGAGACAUUCUAUCUGCACUUUUUGAAAAUGUAAUAACAAUAAUGAUGUUGAUGAUCAUGUUGAUGAUGAUUAUAGUGCUGGUGAAAAUUAAGGGUGGAGUUUCGGAAAGGGUGAGCAGCAGUUGGGGAGAGGCGACAUCUGCUCUGUGAUUUCAGGGUAUGGAGAUGAAGUUGAGGACACAGAGGAUGGAUGUAGGGCUCUCAUCGUCCUCUCGUGGUUCCUCUUAUUUUUCUCCAUGCACCUGUGUACAUGCAUGCAUACAUGUGAGUGUUUGUGUGCCAGCUACCAUACUCCUGGUGGAAGGAUACGAGCGUCUGACAUUUCAGAUCAGGCCAAUCUGUUUGUCACGCAAAGCUGGUCAACACAACAGCAUUAAUACACUAUGUGUUGAUCUAACCGCAGGUUCUGAGCUCUCUCGUCUGUGUGUGUCUAUCCGUGAUGCUGGUGCAUAUCUGGAAACUGUACAUUGUAUGCGUUUGGGCUUUAAAACAGGAAGGAAAAUAAGAUAGCGAGGCCUUGUUUGACUUUUUGUUGUUCUUCACUGAAACUAUCUAGGGCUGUGUAUCACUGACAGUGGGUGUGAUAUGAGCCGAUGGCCGGCUCUGCCACCCUGAGAUUCUGUAGAAGCAGAUAAGACAUUAUCUCAUCCCCGAGUGCUUGAGAGCACCACAGAGUGGACUGGCAUAGUUGCCCUGCUUGUUGGAAAUAAAACGGUCAGAAAACAGCAACAUGAAUACGUCAGCUGUUAUUUUUAAUGGGUUAUCUACUCUCUGUGUUUUAUAUCCAUGAGGAUCUAUGAAGCAUAAUCCUGCCUGCUCGUCAGAUGCAGAUGCUGCAACAAAGAUUGAUGUUCUCUAAAUGAAAAUCUAAAUUUUAAACAUCUCUCAGGUAAGACUGAGCAAGCAAAUAUAAUCAGUCAUUUGUUUUUCACUCGAGAAUUCCCCGGCUGUGGUAAUGCAGUAUCAGUACUCGGGCUUGUUUUGAUAUAUGCUAAUGAUAACCUGCUCACCAUAAGACAAAUUGAAAGAUAGUCCAAUUGUAGUGCUCGAGGUUUGUCACCGUGUCUUUAAUUCUGAAUGGUACACAACGUGCCGUGAAGUGUUCUUGGCAGUGUGCUUUGUGUGAAUCUCGGUGCUGGCCGCUGUGAUGCACUGAUCCAGCGCCCUUCAGAACAAUUGGCCAGCAUGAAGCAGGGUUUGCUGUUUUGACAGUCACUGCCUGCAGUGUCACACUACAUUACUCUGCUUUCAGGUGGUCAGAAAGGUGCAAAAUCUGCUUCCUUGGACCUUGGGGAGGCUCUUAGUUUGCUGAGGUAAUACUUGCCUAAGGCAAAAAGCAUGAGAGCUCACAUUAGUAACAAUGACGGUGAUGUGCAGGGAUAAACGACUUGUCAGUCAGCGCGGGGAAAAAUAAUCAGUGGGCUGACUGAAAACCAAACCUGUUUUGAAUAUGUAGAUGCGCAGGUGACGAGUAAACACCUCAGCCGCUGCCUUUUAAACAGAAUACAUCUCGCUCAAGGAGAGAUAAAUUGUUAUGCUGCAGGGGUUUUUACAGUGCUUUGUCAUCAAUGACACUGUACUCUGGGGAUGUGGUUUUAUUUUUAGUAACACAAUGCACUGUGUGAUGCCACUGAUCCUCAAGGUAGGCUGGCAGCUGGGAGGGUACAAGGUGCAGGUUUUACAUUACUUGGUGAUUUCGAAUGCAGACUGCUACUUAAACGCAAACUCAAAACACAAUAUUGCCUAUUUUUAGAUUAGGUUCUUCAAAAGUUCCUUAGUAGGACUGUCAUCAAAUAAUGGCAGGACGUUACUGAGCCCCCCCAAAGAUCGAAGAACUGAUAUGACACUUUAUAAGUAUGCUGUUAAUAUGAUUACACUUCACCUGUUGAAGUGUAGGCGAGGUAUAUCUGCCCUGCUUUUUAUGCAAGGAUCACUUCAGCAGGUGUCUAAGACUAAAACCCUGGGGAGACUUUCCAGCUACGGGCUCAUCUCUGUUUGGACAUAAUCCAGCCAAUUAAAGAUAAUCUGAGCAGAAAAUGAAAGGAAAAUCAUAGACCGAUUUAUAGAUCUGUCUAAAUUAAAAGAUUGUGUGAUUGGCCAUUGCCUUUAAAAAAAUAGUCAGUCCUACUAAUAGAAAGAAAUAGUAUACAGUGUUUUGAACACUGUCCAUAGUUAUAAAAUAAGUACUCAUAAAAUACAACAGAGUCGGACUCCAGGAGGCAGAGUGUGUCAGUGGCAGUCCAGAAAGUAUCACACUCACUUAUAAUAGCCAGCAAUCAAACAGCAGCGCCAUUAACAUGGAUAUAAGCUCAGAGCCAAACAGUAUAAAGGAGAGAGCAAUUUCUAAAUCCCAGUUUUAUUAUAGUGCCACCUGUCUCACACCUCGAAACUUAUUGCAUUUUGUUGGCAGCAACACCGUCGACUUUGACCUCCGAUCACCCUGAGCUCAGGAAUACGGCGUGGCCGCGGUGCAGAUUUUCUCAGUCAAGACUUACUUCAUCGGCUCGUGCUCCGUUCUCCAUCACCACUCGGCUCCCUGGCCAAGCCAACCGGUGCAGGUGUGGAUAAUUACUGUUUGAUUACCGUAGUUAAACACACAUUAUGCAACGGUUAGCUCAGACCAGUCGCGAGCGAGUAACUUGAUUGGACCGGAGGCCUUUCUGAGUGCUGAGUAUAGCAGCGCCGAGACUUUAAAAACUGUAGUAUCAGUCCACUUCACAGGUGUUCACAAUAAUCAUUAAUUGCACUGACUGCCAGGCACCAUCAACCUACACUGUUACACUGGCUAUUUUUAGUCUCGCUGCACACGUGAUCACAUUGCAUAAUGCUCCCAGCAAAAAUAGACCAAGAAAAGAACUGUUGAUAAUGAUGUAAACAUUCUACCAGCAAUAUUACAUAAACUAAUGACACUUGUUACUGUCAUUUUAGUGUCUAGUCUGUAUCUGAAUACAUGAAAAACAUUCUUUCCUCUUCUACCACUUUAUCCUCCACAUGAGGGGCGCUGGUGCUAAUCCCAGCUGACAUAGGUCCAAAGUGCAUCACAGGGCCGCAUAAAGACAAACUACCCUCCACUCUUACACCUACGGUCAAUUUAGAGAAUCUCCAUGUUUUUUGGACUGUGGGAGGAAACUGGAGCAAACCCACGCACACACGGGGAGAACAUGCAAACUCCACACAGAAAGGCCCUUGUUCUGACUGUGUCGUGAACUCGGGUCUUUACAUGAAAAACGUAAAUAUUAUAAUGUUAGAGCUGUAAUUAUUUUUUUUCAGGAGAAGGGCAGACACGUCCUCUCUGUCCGUCUAAGUCAGAGAUAAAUCAGAAACUAAAGUCGUAAACAUGAUGGAGGUGUGGGGAGACACGCCAGCGAGACGCAGCAGUCCCGGUGUACUUAUGUGACAUCAGGGAGCGAGAUCAUGGCAGUGAGUGGGCACCGGUGAGAUAAGCAUGAUGACUCAUAUUAAUGCAGAGAAUAUGUGAAUCCCAUGAAGACUAGCCAUGCUUUAGGGCAUAGCUAAUGGGGAUCCUAAUGAAAAAACAAAUGACUGAAUAUUGGAAUACUUUUAACACUAGACUAACAUAUUUCAACAAGUAGUGGCUGCAUCAGGUAUUGAAACACUGUCAGCAUUGUCUUGGCAGAGCUUGCUGCUGAGAGCAACGCUGUGUCCAGACAGCCAGGCCUGGUCAUGGAUGCUCUCUGUUACUGAAAAUGUGGCUGGCAGCAGGGACAGAAGGAAGAUUUGAGCUACUCAACAGAAGGCUCAUCUAAUAGGAUCCAUAUCAUCUUAGUCAUCUUCUGCGCUAGCUGUUGGUGACUGGACUUGCUUGAGUUGCCUGUCAUCUGUGAGACACAUUCUGCUAUUGCAUGGGUGUUGGAAUUGAAUGUUGCUCUGUGUGACUGUUUUUUUUGUUUUUUUUUUAGAAAGAGAGCUCCGGACAUCAUUGUAGGUGGCUCAUAGUUGUUGUUUUUGUCCACUUCCUCUGUCGAGGCUUCCUUCACUCCUCUUUCAAACCAUCUGUCUUCCCUGGCCAGAAAGCAAAGAUUCUCAUCCUCAAAAGACGUAGGUGGACAGCUGAGUCCUGUCCAGAUGAGCUGGCUCUUCUGUGCUGUGCCGUGUGCUUAUGCAGAGGUUGUUUGGUGUCUUCCAUGAGCCGUUUCCUUGUCAUCUUCACUGCUUCUGUGGUAGGAAUGCAUGUGAAGAGGGAUGUUGUUGCAUCGUACGACACCAUGGUUUCCUCCUGGUUUAGUUUAAUUCCCUUGGCUUUGAUUGCAAAGUCCUGGGAAUUCCUGACGUGGUGAGGUGUGUUGCCGACCAGAGGUGCUAAAUUUGCGGCUAGAUAGUUUUGUGACGUCACUGAGUUGAUGCUGCUGCUGAUGUCUUUGUCCUUUGGGAAGUCCAUAGAUGAGAGGAAUGGAAUCACCAGAUAUGUCAUCUUAGGUCGUCAAUAUCUUAAGAGUAUGUUUACCAAUUUGUCUUACCAUUAGACAGCAUGUUCCAGCUGGACACAGG